AUGUUAUAUACAAAAUUUGGUGCCCGUUUUGUAUUUUUGUCAGCUGGAAUACUUUCAACAAUAUCUACGGGAUUAUUACCUUUUGCUGCUUCUAAAGGAAUGAUUGAAUUUACAUUGAUUAGAUUAAUUCAGGGUUUUGCUUAUGGGGCUAAUUUUGCAGCUAUUGGGUUUGUUUGUCAACGUUGGGCUACUUUACAGCAACAUGGAUUUUUUUUGUAA